AUGGUUCACGUCCGAAACCAACUCACCUUUGAUCUAUGGUACAUCUUCUUAGGGACAUUCUUGAUCUGCAUCGCAGAGUCGACGCUUAUCAUGGAUGUUGCCGAACCGACUUUCUCUAUUUUUGCCGUCCUCUUCGAAGUCACCUCGGCCUACGCCAACGUCGGGCUCUCUUUGGGCGGGCCAAGCGGACUUGUCUCGAUGUCGGGACACUAUACGAUAUUCAGCAAAGUCGUCAUUUGCGCGAUGAUGAUCCGAGGUCGUCACCGUGGUCUUCCUUAUGCCCUCGACCGCGCCAUCACUCUUCCCUCCGAACAUACUUUAUCGGACGAGAGUUCAUCUGCUGAACAGAUCCCAAAAUCGUUGUCGCUUGGUCGCACCCAGUCAUCAGGAGCUCGCUCAGCUCCGUAG